UCUGCUUGAGUGUUCAAUGUGCUGCCGUGUGCUCGAGAGACAGAGAGCCGUGGCACUGACAAACCCACAGACAUUGUGAGUGGAUCUCCACGUUUCCUUCCCUAAAUUGCCUUUCCUCCCAGAGCGUCUCGCUCAUACUGAGCGCAUCUUUAUUGUUGUGUUCCCAGCAUCCAGUCGCAAGAUGGGAUGCACCACGGGGCACUUCACUUGCCAACCACAAACGACGACGGCCCCAACCCUGGAAGGCCAAUCGCAAGAAGGAGCCCCCAAAGUCCCAGAGGUGCUGUCGUCCCUAGAGCGGCUCUCGCAAGCCACUGGAGGGAUGGAGAAGUCGUGGUACCGCUGCAUCUUUCCAUUUGGGAUAAUCUCGCUGGUGAUUGGAGUGGCUGGAACUGGAGUGACAUACACGUACAAUGAUCUCCCGCAGACCAAGGUGGUUUCUGUGAUCCUGUUGAUCGUGGGGCUGGUCCUUGUACUGAUGGCGACCGCUUGCUGGACAGUCCACAAGAAGAAGCGCAGGAAAAAGAAGGAAGGAGGUUCCUUCAGCUCAGAACAGUGUCCCUUGUGAGAGAGCACCCCCCCAAAAAAACUAGAUGUCCGUCCGCUCAGGUAUCCGUGGUGGAUAAGUCAUUAAGGACAGGUCCUCUCUGAGAAUCCCAUGGAAAAUACGGCAUAAGGCUGGCAUGAGGGUUCACCAGAGUCACACAUGCAGUUUACCGUUGCUCAGCAGGUGUCUCGUAUCAAAACAAGCCUGGAGAGGGACACACAAUCCCGCACACACACAGUAAACUUAACACUAGCUGCGAGCCUCUCGCAGAGCCUCUGCUGCCAUCAACGCCACUGUCAGUCUCCUGCAUUCCUGUGACGCCGAAGAAGUGGGCCAACGGCGGCAACCGGACACCGCAGCGAAAGAGGAGUUCACCUCCGUCACCGUCGCACGUCAUUCACCCGUCCGGUGACACCGUAGCAAUGCACAAGCUUUUUUACUGAGUGGAACUUGAACCUGCAUCUGCUAGCUAGAACCGGCAGCUGCGGAUCAGGACAGGAAGAAAGCACGGACUGGAGAGUACGAGAAUGUGUCCGUCUGCAUGUGUGUGUGUGCGUAAAGUGUGUGCUGGAUGGAUUAGAUAGACAAGACACCUGCUCGGCCUCUUUCGCUGUCAGCCCUCCGUCAAUCGUAGCUGCUAAUGAUUUAGGACAGGGGUGCAGCACCUGAUAUGAAGGACGCAAAGACCCGAGCUUGAUUUAUUGGGAAUUUUACACAGUGUACAGUGUGUUGAAGGAGUUUUGCAUUGGAUUGUGUGUUUGCCCAUGUGUGAGUGUAUCUGAUUCUAUCUGGCAAAUCCAGGACUCUUCAAGGACCUCAUAUAGUCGGUAUUUGGAAAAAAGACACAGACACGGUUCAGAGAAAGGCAAGCAAACUGAAGGGCCUUUUGUUCUGAGACAGCCAGAAAAGAAAAUUAAUUUCCUGUCUGAAAGAUGAGCAGGAUUACUAGGGGAGGGGAGUGUGUGUGGAGGGGUGGGGGGGGGGGGUGUUCAAGAUGCCACAAGGGUACACUAGAAGUCAAAAUUGUCAGUAACGUUUUGUUCUUGUUUUAGUGCCUUGAGCAAGCGAUAGGACUUUGCAUGGUACAGUAGCUAUGUUUUACCCCUCCGUUUCACUUUUCCUCUUCCAGGGUCAGCUUUAAAACUCAAACUCAGCUGUUUUAGCAAGGUCUCCUCGCCCCCAAAAACAACACACAUGAAUACGUCGUCGCUUUGACCUGGUCAGAGCCCACAAAGGCUGGAGCUUACAUCCGUUUUCACAAUGGGAAUACUGCUUAUUUACACUGCCUUGAUCUGGGAAGCAUUUGGCACAUUUCAUUAUGGACACAGUGGGUGGGUAACAGAUAAUGAAUUAAAGGGACAGGUCAGCUAAAAAUGAAACUUCUGUCAUCCUCGUGUCGUUCCCAGUCUGUACGACUUACUUUCUUCUGAGGAUUACAAAAUAAUGUAUUUUGAACCUCGUUGGGGUCCAAAACAACUCUUUUGAUGUUCUGUGCAUGAAGAAGAAAAAAAACUGGCAUUUUUCAAAAUAUCUUCUUUUAUGUUCCACUGCAGAAAGGAAGUCGUACCAAGUUGAGGGUGAGGAAAUAAUGACAGAUUUUUUUCUUUUUGGAAAUGUUCAGCCUUCAAAUGUUUUAUAGGUCCUGUUAACACUCAGAAAACUCUGUGUGAAGACUAAAAUUCGGAGACUGACAAAAAUCCAUACCAAUUCAGAGGUUAAUACCCUUUCCAUUUCGCUAAAAGCUUAUCGAUUGAGAUGUUUCCACCGUGUUGAGGAGUGGAUUUGAGAAUCCUUGUGCACGAGAGAAAAAAAAAGAGACGGCAUUAACAGCCUUGAGUAGUUAAAAAAGGCUGUUUUUGAGGCAUUUAGCUGUUAGCAAAUGUGCUAAGCUCGUAUUACUGGACUUGUUUGAGCCCCGAGGAAGAUUUUAUUGCUCUUUCUUAGCUCAGGAUAUUACAUUCUCAGUUGUGUCUCAGAUGUUUCUCCUAAAUUUACUUUAAAGAAAUAAAAAUGGACACAAAUGCAGACAA